AUGUCCGACAUCCUCAAGCCGCCGAAAGAAAUCCUUGCCGAGGGACGAUACCUCUACGCGGACAUCCUGGACUUCAAGAACUUGCAGGAAAUUGUAGUAAACGAACGCAUCGACUGGUUGGUGCACUUCAGUGCACUCCUCAGCGCUGUGGGCGAGCACAAUGUCCAGCUUGCGAUGCGAGUCAACGUUGAGGGUGUCCACAACGUGAUAGAGCUCAGCAAGCAGUACCGGCUGCGCCUCUUCAUACCCAGCACCAUUGGAGCCUUUGGUCCCGAUUCCCCACGCAAUCCGACACCCGACCUGUGUGUACAGCGACCGCGGACCAUUUACGGCGUUUCCAAAGUGCACGCUGAGCUGCUUGGAGAGUAUUACCAUCACAAGUUCGGACUCGACUUCCGGUGUUUGCGGUUUCCUGGGGUCAUCUCCUACGACACAGAACCUGGUGGUGGCACCACUGACUACGCGGUCCAAGUGUUCCACGAUGCCCUGAAGCAAGACCAUUACAUCUCGUACCUAUCUCCGCACACCCGCCUUCCCAUGAUCUACAUCUCCGACUGCCUGCGGUCUCUGGUGGAGUUCAUGGAGGCUCCUUCCAGCACGUUGAAGCUACGGACGUACAACGUGUCUGCCAUGUCUUUCACUCCUGAAGAACUCUUUGACGAAGUGAAGAGGCUUCAUCCCGCCCUGGAGAUCACGUACAGGCCGGACGGGCGGCAGAAGAUCGCGGAGUCAUGGCCCGAGGUGUUUGAUGACUGCAAUGCUCGAGCCGACUGGGGCUGGAAGCCCAAGUACGAUCUGAAAGAGAUGUGCAAGGUGAUGAUUGACAACCUUCGGCCCCGCUACAACAAAGGAUCUUGA